CUGAGCCCGUAGCCAGGCGCCAUCUUUGACGCUGGCAGUCUUGGAUUUCUGCUGGUGUUGCUGCUGUGAGGACGGCGGGCGGCAGCGGCUAAGAAAGAAGAAAGACGUGGCAGCAAGCAGGAGUCGGGGAUAGUGUCGGCGGUUCGGUAAAGUUUCUGUUCUCUGGGUCCCACUACUUGGGAGAUACUCUCAAACUCCACAUACUGAAAGCCACCGACCUAAAUCCGGUAUCCUACACCCCUUCCCUACCUUAAUUAACUCCCACCCCAGCCCUCCGCAUCGGAGUCAAGAACAACAGGGACACUUCCGUUCUCCUUGUAGGAUUGAUGAAAUCGUAAUGAAGAACACCCCCUAAAGUCCCAUAAUCGGUGCGGAUUCCUAUGGGGAAGGCCCAUGUUGUUGACAUCUUGCAGGCCUUGGUUCUGGACCUUGAGAAGGAGGCUGUGGAACUAGUGAUAGCGAUGCUUUUUAGGAUUUGGGGAUAUUCCCUGCCCAAAAAUUUCCUGGAAAAUUGACUAGUAUUAAGUGUGAGUAAAAGGUGUCCACUUUUUUUUAAGUUUCGAUUUUAGUUUUGUCUUGGAUAGUAUUUGGCAAGAUUUAGCCUAGAAAUUAUGUAGUAUUUAUUACAUGAGAAUCAAAAUUGCUUUGUUACGGGGCUGGUUUCAAAAUUUAGAACUCAUUUCUAUGUAUCAAAAUCGUUUUUUUGUUUUUGUUUUUUGGGUUUUUUGUUUUUUGGUUUUUUGUUUUUUUUUUUUUAAUUCUUAAAUGGUAAAUGUACCAUUGUGAAAUGAAAUUUCAACUCCAAAAGUUUACCCUUUUACUAACUGGAGUAAAUGAAUAAUUACAAAGUCUUUAGUUGAGCCAUCACUUGUGGGGAAAAAAAAAAAAGAAAAAAAGAAAAAGAAACCAGGCUGCAUAAGCAAGCCUUUUGCAGGGCCAAUAUUGAAUGUCAUGCCAGUGACACUGGAAGAAAAAGUCUUCCCUUAGAUAGAAGCUUUCUGUAUUUUGACAGCGCCAGUUCAGGAUGGCUAUAAUGCUGCUCUGCCUUCUACAGCUUGCUGCACCACUCUGUAGUUACUCGAUAACUAUACGUUUCUAUCUUUUUUGGUUAAACACUCCCUGAGAUGAUAAAUAUGAUAAUGAUGUACAUACAUCCGUAUUAUACACAUUGAUUCAUGUGUAAGGCUUUCCCUUCAUGUUUCUUCUAUGGGCUGGGCAAAAUUUAGUGUAACCUACCGAUACACGUCAUGAUACUUUGGUAUAAGAGUAAGUUCACUAUUUUUAUAAUGAACCCAAAUCUGAAGGCUUUUGUAGUGUGUUUUAAAAGGGAAAACUUACCCAGAUGUUUUAUUUCUACACAUUUGUGUAUAUGUGUGUGUGUGUGUAUAAGCCAGUUAGUAUAUAUGUAUAUGUAUAUUAUAUACAUAAAACACUUUAUAUUUUUUCAUACAAGUAUGUAUGCUUUUAUUAUACAGAUAAUAAAGAUGGGGGAAGGUUUCUGUUUUUUUCUUAAUAGGUGAAGAAAUCUUGAAGACCAGAAAUUGGAUCUUAUUGAAUUUUGGUGUUCUUUUUCUUUUUUCUUUUUCUUCUUUCUUUUUAAAUUCUAUUGUUCGGCUAUGGAAGAUGGAUUUUUUUUUUUUUUUUCCCAAUAAUCCUUUGACUCUGAAGUUCAUCUUUAAAUGAACUCUGUUUUUGUUGGUUUUUAUUUUUGUUUUUGUUUUUGAGGAGAUAACUAAGCCUAGCUGUCUCCAGUCUGACAAAGGUUAUUCGAAUGGACUUAAUCUCCCAGUAGUUGGGAGAUGUUUUAAAAACACGCCCUGUGUUUGAAUUGUGGCUGAGAGGUUUCCUUGGCAAUGUGAGGAGGAAAAUUCUUUCUGCCCCAUUAUUAUUAAUUCAUGGAUUGAGUGUUGGUUCGACCUACAGGCGUAAUAGAUUGGAACUCAGUGAAGACACAGAGGUUCCUGUUGAGAGCAACCAGCUAAUGAUUGCAUUUUAAAGACGAUUUCUCUGAUUGAGUUGUCUUUUGGAAGACUAAACCCAUUUCAAGAGGACUUGGAGCUGGUCCUCGCCUUGAGGAAGCAGUGGCUUGUUUUCAAGAAGCCAUUUCUGAUAUAAGGAUCUACUCAGCAUGCCUAAUCAAGGAGAAGACUGCUAUUUUUUUUUCUAUUCUACAUGUACCAAAGGUGACAGCUGUCCCUUCCGUCACUGUGAAGCUGCGCUAGGAAAUGAAACUGUUUGCACAUUAUGGCAAGAGGGGCGCUGUUUUCGACAGGUGUGCAGGUUCCGGCACAUGGAGAUUGACAAAAAACGUAGUGAGAUUCCUUGUUACUGGGAAAAUCAGCCAAUGGGAUGUCAAAAACUAAACUGCGCUUUCCAUCACAACAGAGGACGUUAUGUUGAUGGCCUUUUCCUACCUCCAAGCAAAACUGUGUUGCCUACUGUGCCUGAGUCACCCGAAGAGGAAGUGAAGGCUAACCAGCUCACAGUUCAGCAGAACAAAUUGUCUGUCCAGUCUAAUCCCUCCCCUCAGCUGCGAAGUGUUAUGAAAGUAGAAAGUUCAGAAAAUGUUCCUAGCCCCACCCAUCCACCAGUUGUAAUCAAUGCUGCUGAUGAUGACGAAGAUGAUGAUGAUCAGUUUUCCGAGGAAGGUGAUGAAACCAAAACACCCAUCCUGCAACCGCCUCCUGAAGCUCAUAAUGGAUUACGGACAGCCUCUGCCCGGAAACCUGGAGUCAAUUUGAAGCAAGGUGAAUGUUUGAAUUUUGGAAUCAAAACUCUUGAGGAGAUUAAGUCAAAGAAAAUGAAGGAAAAAUCCAAGAAGCAAGGUGAAGGUUCUUCCGGAGUUCCCAGUCUUUUACUCCAACCUCAGCCCAUUCCAGGUCCUGAAAAAGAGAAUGUCCGGACUGUAGUGAGGACAGUAACUCUUUCCAGCAAACAAGGAGAAGAACCCUUGGUAAGAUUGAGUCUCACUGAAAGACUGGGAAAACGAAAAUUUUCAGUAGGGGGUGACAGCGAUCCUCCGUUAAAGCGUAGCCUUGCACAGAGGUUAGGGAAGAAAGUGGAAGCUACAGAAACGAACACUGACAAAGCACCAAAGAAAGUUCACGUUUCCAAGUCUCUGAAGGAGCGAUUAGGCAUGUCAGCUGGUCCCAACAGUGAGGAGGCAGCAGAGCGAGGCACUAAAGUUGGUGAAAUCCAUGUGAAGACAUUAGAAGAAAUUCUUCUUGAAAAAGCUAGUCAGAAACGUGGAGAAUUGCAACCUAAACUGAAGACCGAAGGACCUUCAAAAGUUGAUGAUACUACUUUAGGAACAAGAAGCCCCUCCACCAUCAGAAUCAAAACCUUCUCUGAGGUCCUGGCUGAAAAGAAACAUCGGCAGCAGGAAGCAGAGAGACAAAAAAGCAAAAAGGAUGUAACUUGCAUCAAGCUAAAGACAGAUAGUGAAAUUAAAAAAACAGUGGUUUUGCCACCUGUAGUUACCAGCAAAGGACAAUCAGAGGAGCCCGCAGGUAGAGCGAAGUCCAUGCAGGAGGUGCACAUCAAGACGCUGGAGGAAAUUAAACAGGAGAAGGCACUGCGGGUACAGCAGAGCUCUGAGGGCAGCACCAGCUCCCAGCCUCAGCCUGAGGCCACCCCAGGGGCAAGGCGGCUUCUCCGAAUCACAAAAAAAACAGGUAUAAAAGAAGAGAAGAAACUACAAGAAGGGAGUGAAGUUGCUUCCCAGAGCGGGGUUAAUAGAACAGAAGCUAAAGAGGUUUCAGAAGAGGCCACAGGAGUUGGCAUUACUAAAAUUCAAGUCAAGAGAUGUGAGACCAUGAGAGAGAAGCACAUGCAGAAACAGCUGGAGAGGGGAACCUCACAGAAGGAGAAAUCAGUUCUGACACCUCUCCGGGGAGACGUAGACUCUUGCAAUACUCAGAUAGGAGAGAAGCCGGUGCUCACUCCUGUGCCGGGCCUCACACGGCACCUGGCAAAACGGCCUUCCACAAAGUCAUCCCCAAAAGCAGAGGUGGAAACCUCAGGGAGUGGGGACUCGAUAUUGAAUGUGAAGUGUGCAGCACAGAGCUUGGAAAAACGGAGUAAAGCUAAACCCAAAGUCAAUGUGAAGCCAUCUGUGGUUAAAGUUGUCUCAUCCCCCAAAUUGGCCCCCAAACGCAAGGCAGUGGAGGCGCACCCUGCUGUCAUUGCAGCUGUGAAGCCGCUCAGCUCCAGCAGCGUCCUGCAGGAAAGCCCCACCAAAAAAGCAGCUGUGGCAGUUGUCCCACUCCUUUCUGAGGACAAAUCAGUCACUGUGCCUGAGAUGGAAAGACCUAGAGACAGUCUUGUGUUGCCUCCAACCCAGUCCUCUUCAGAUUCCUCCCCACCAGAAGUAUCUGGCCCUUCUUCUUCUCAGAUGGCCACGAAAACUCGCCGACUCAGUUCCACCUCAACAGGAAAGCCCCCGCUUUCUGUGGAGGAUGAUUUUGAGAAACUAAUAUGGGAGAUUUCAGGAGGCAAAUUAGAAGCUGAGAUCGACUUGGAUCCUGGGAAAGAUGAAGACGACCUUCUGCUUGAGCUGUCAGAGAUGAUUGAUAGCUGAAGGCGGUAGAACAUUUAAAAAAAAAACAAAACUGGACUUAGUUUCAUCUAUUAUAACAUUUACCCAAGAUGAUCGUUUCUUUAGUCUAGCAUUUACCCCAAAUCAGAAGUAUACCUCUGAAUUACCUGUAUGUGUCCUGAAUUCCUUGGGGUCAGAUUUUUAAAGUCCCCUCGAUAACCCAUUUUGUCCAUUCGAUGCCAUGGUUUAGCAUCUGUGAGAAAAAUGUUCUGUCUUACACCUCUCCACAAAAAAACUGAGAGGGAGAUCCAAGUCGAAGGGUGCAAGAGAACUUAGUGACUCCUUGAGGUGUUUGUCAGUUUGGGCUCCCCCCCCCUUUGCUGUAGUAUUUCUUUUAUGUAUUGUCUUAAUGUACUUAUUAAUGUAACCUGAGUUUGAAAAGGAUGAAGACCAGCUGCUGCCAGUAAGGACCAAAUUUCACUCUAUCACUAAACAAAAGAUCCACUCCGUCUGCGUUAAAUUGUAUGUCUUUUUAAAAGUAUUUGGAGAUUCAACUAAGCUUUAGAGAAGGCUGAGCAACUCUGGAAGCUCAUAAUCUGGACAUAACUUUUUCGACCUGAUUUCCAUGCUUCUGCUGCUCUGUAAGCCUCUGAAGAGCAAUAGCUAAUUUUAUUAUUACUGUAAUUUUUUUAAGGCUUUAAAGUGCCUCAGGGGUCCUCUGAAACUAAUUUUCUAUUUCUGGGAUUCCCUGGAUUCUUAAUAAGAGAUGGUGACAUAAUGAUUAGAGGAAUUCUUUUUUUAGCAUGAAAGUUGUCCCUUCUCUUCUUCAGUACUUGCCUCCAACUGGCAUUGAAUUAUCACAGGGAUUAAAAUCAGUUUAAUUUUUUAUUCUAACUCUCCCAGCAAACUCCUCUUGCCCAGUAUUUAUUUGGUGCCCGUUAACCACCAGAGGGGAAAAAAAAAAAAUGAACUCCUCCAAGCUGCCAGUAUUUGUCUCUGGACUGUAGCAGUACACUGAACUGUACUGUAGCGGGGGUGAUUGAGAUGCUCUGGGGGUGUAUUGUAUACCUUCCAGUUUUCUUCAUUUCUGAAUUGAAUUUUCUUUUCUUGAUGUCAGUCUCCUUCAUACCACCUCAAGGUUUAGACUUGUGAAGGAACAAGUAUGAUGGGGAUAAGAGUCUUGAAAGGAGACAUAUUGUACAUAAUCAGAAGGAAGAGGAAAUAAGGACUUGUCUGACUUGCAAUUUUGCUGUAGGUGGCCAGUUCUGUUUCUCAUAGGGAAAUCUGGUCCACCUGUCGCGUUGGCUCCUAAGGAACUGCUGUUGUAAGCGGCUCAUCAAGAGUUGCACCUCACAUAGCCUUGUUGGGAACAUGGAAACGGAAGAAAGCCACAGGACUGCCCGUUCAGUCUUGGGAAGAACUGGAUGAUUCUGCACAAGCAAAAAUGACUUGAAAUUUAUGUAUAGACACCUCUCCACCAAUCCAUCUUCAGCUGACUGAAUGUUGUAUAAUAGCCCUUCUCCAAAGCAGGGGUGGAAUGUUCUGGUUUCACCACAGAUUUUCUAUUCAUUUCAUUUUUGGAAUCCACUUAAAGAUUCCAGGUCCCUUUUGUAUAUAACCUUUAUCCUUUUGCUUUUUUAAAAAUAAUUUUGUUUCAUAUUUAAAGUCCUUGUAUUAGUCAAUGAUUCAUGUUCAGCAUUAUUUGAACCAUUUGCCAUUACAAGAAAGAGAAAUACUUAUUUGUGUUUUAAAUAAAACUGGUGUAGGAAAGUCUGGA